AUGUCGUGGAAAGCUGUUUGGCCCUUCUAUACUGGCGUCUUGAUAGACAUCAUAUCUGCAAGUAAACAAUGCACACAAGCAAAUAGCAUAAAUGGAAUGGCUCUGCAGGGAUUUGUCUUCAAGAAGUUCUCAGUAACAACCAUCUAUGAGUGUGAUAUGAGUUGUCAGAGAGAAAUCACCUGCCAAAGUUUCAAUUACGUGAUAGAAGAAAAGUCCUGUGAACUGAGUAACCGGACCAAGGAGGCAAGACCUGAGAACUUCCAACCAGACCCUGCUCGGUUUUACUACACGCGUUUUGUGGGAAGGAGUAUGUGCUAAAAAUAUGUCAUCUUUUUUCAUUAUUCAGAGAUACCCGUCAUUUGAUUGAAGGACAUAGUGCCAACCUAAAAAAAUCGACUUUCAUCACAAGUGUCACUGACCCCCAAAGUUGUUUUCUACCAAAUAAAUCUUUUUGUUCUCGUAGUAAUCAAGUCGCAAGUGUCUUUGUAGUACUUACUUUAAUUACUUUUUUUACCGGUUUUUUUCACUGAGACGAUCAGUAUGAGAAGGAAAUUUAUUUGGAAGGGUUGGUGACACUUUUACUGGAAACUUCAAGACAGGUACCACCUAUAACAGUUUUUUUCCUCGUUUGCGAAGAAGCUUUUCAUUUUCUUGUCCUGUUUUCGAUCACAGCUCCUUUGGGAUCCAUUCCACAGCUGCCUGCAAAGUCGUGCCGGGAAAUAAAGGCAAGUGAAGGCCAAGAUACCAUCAGCAACAAGUACUGGUUGGAUCCAAGUGGAAAUGGAAAGGCUGUGCUGGUUAAUUGCGACAUGGAAAUGGAAGGUUUUUGUACCCAACUGUCUCUAUUAUUUAGAUUUAUUUGUGUUCCUUCGGAUAAAAUUACUAUCAUAGUUCAUUUUAAACUUAAUUUAUUGCUAGAUAUCGAUGAAUGUAUCACCGGCAAUCACGACUGUCAUGUGAAUGCCACCUGUACCAACACCAUUGGCUCACAUAAUUGUACAUGUAAGGAAGGAUUUACUGGAGAUGGACGCUUGUGCUCAGGUACCGUGUCAGGCAAUCGAGAUGUUUCAUUUUAAUGGUUCUGUGUUGACGAGUUUACUAUUUACUAUUGAAUUAUAUUACUGAAGAGGCUGGUUAUGCUUGAAAAGAGAUAAUUUCCCUUCACGACUGAAUCAGUUGUUAGGAAUAUUUAAAACAAAAAUUUGUCAGAAACUUUGAAUUGAUUCAGAAAGAAUGAAAAAUCGUUAAAUCUUUUCAAUUGAUUAUACAAGAUAUGUUACUGUUUUGUUUUCCAACGCUGAAUCAUGAAUUUGUCGUCGUGCAAUACAAUUUGUAAAAUAUUGUUCAAUAAUGUCCGAAAAGGGGAAAGGUCGAUGAUGUCGCCUCGCAAGUACUAUAUAUGGUAAAUUCAUCGCAAUUUUUGUCAAUCAAAUCCAGCUAUAUAUGCUGAAAGUAAAAAGGUUGUGUGAAAUAAAGCCUACUAUGUCGAGAGCCGUCCUUUCUUUGUCGUAAGCAAAAUCACAAGCAUGCACUUAUAAGAACCAUUGAAUUGAACUUUGAAGCUCGAAUGGUGUCUCUGUUUUAACUGGUCGAGUAAAAUCUGAAAAUAAAGUAACAUCCAAAUUUACUCCUUGUCUUCAUAGCUUUUAAGAACUGUGCUGAAAUCCACAAAUCAGCGGGUAAAUCAACUGACGGUACGUACACCAUCAAACCUGAUAACAUGACUGCCUUUGAGGUAUUCUGUGACCAAACAACAGCUGGUGGAGGAUGGACUGUGUUCCAGAGGAGACUGGACGGCUCGGUUGAUUUCUACCGUAACUGGAGCGACUACAAACAUGGCUUUGGUGACGUUUAUGGUGAGUUUUGGAUAGGAUUGGACAAGAUUCACCGCCUGACCUCAGAUAACAACAGCAUGCUGCGUGUGGAUUUGGAAGACUUUAAAGGGAAUACAACUUAUGCUGAGUAUAAUAUAUUUGGUGUUAUGAGUGAGAAAGACAAGUACAGGCUAAUCCUCGGUUUCUAUUCAGGUAAAACUGGGGAGAGGGGCUGUGUCAUAAUCAGUGUGUCAGUAACCUGUUUGGAAUUAGCAGCUCUCGAUGAAGAAAAAGAUAAAAUACUUCAAAGUAACCCAAAUGCAAUUAGGGAGAGUGCAUAUUAUACAUUUAUUAAUGUGGAGGCAUUCGCCAACAGACUAUGAACAUCCUCGUAGACAAAGGGAAAGGUGAUCAGGCAAGAGAAACAAAAACCGUUGCUUUAGCUAGACGCGUCAGAAACCUUCCUGCGCACGGAUCGUUCUCAAUUAACGGUUCAUCAAUGUUUGAUUAGCAUCUCAUUCCACAUAUUUUUAUAACCAAACACAAGAACAUUUUCAAAUGGUUUCAUGCAGUCAAACUUCGUAUUUUCAUUUAAUACUUAUAUUGUUACACUGCAUUGUAGAUUUUAUGCAAUUCUGUCGACUUGAAUGUCAUCAUGUUAUGCGUAACUAUAUGACACGAUUUAAUCCAUCAGGAUCUGCUGGUGAUUCUCUCUCUACUCAUCGUGAUCGGCCAUGGAGUACUCCUGAUCAAGAUAAUGAUGAGUUUUCGAGGGGAAACUGUGCAGAGCAUUGGCACGGAGCCUGGUGGUACAACGAGUGCUUCCAUUCUAACCUGAAUGGCAGAUAUCAUAGACAUGGCUCUUCCUAUACUCCUGGAGUGACUUGGGGAGGCUGGAAGGGAGAAAGGCGUUUUCUGAAGAGGACCGAGAUGAAAAUGAGACCAGCAGACUUCUGA